AUGAAGUCCAUAUUUAUAGCUAUUAUAUUGACUGCUGUUAUAGCUAGUACAUGUAAAAUAUUUCAAGAACAUUCAUUUCAUUAGUAAAAAUAUUUUAGAGAUGAGGAAAUUCCAAUUAAUCUAUAAUGUUCUAAUAAUAUUAAAUUCAAUAAAGAAGUUACUCUUCAUUAGAAAGCCUGCUCUACUUAACAUGGAAAUCAAGAAUUGAUUACAUUGUUCUACAAAUUAUUAACUAUAUAAUUCUGA